AUGCAGAAAAUGCAAAUCCCACAGAGGGCGGAAAAUCACUGUUACUAUCCAAAUUACCAACAUGACUAUUAUAACAAUACCAUGGAUUAUAGUAAAAUGGAAACGGAGGCUUUGAUCAAAGGGCAGGGGAGAGUAAACCAGCUGGGUGGAGUUUUCAUCAACGGUAGACCCCUCCCAAAUCAUAUUCGUCUGAAGAUCGUCGAGUUGGCAGCCCAGGGAGUUCGACCUUGCGUCAUAAGUCGCCAAUUACGGGUAUCUCACGGUUGCGUCAGUAAAAUUUUACAAAGGUACCAGGAGACCGGAAGUAUUCGUCCUGGAGUCAUAGGUGGAAGUAAACCCCGGGUAGCUACUCCGGAAGUAGAAAAGAAAAUUGAACAGUACAAACGUGAAAAUUCAGGAAUAUUUAGCUGGGAGAUUCGUGAUCGGUUACUGAAGGAUGGAAUUUGCGACAGAUCAUCCGUCCCCAGUGUUAGUUCUAUAAGUCGGGUAUUGAGAAGCAAGUUCCAGAAUGUUAGCAGCGAAUCUGACGACGACGAACCGAGGACAAGCGACGACAACAACGGAAACGACAACGAAAUGUCUAACAAGUACAGUAUCGACGAUCUGCUGGCGGACGACAAAAGCGUUAAAUCGGAUAAUGAAUCUGACUGCGACUCUGAACCAGGUUUGUCCGUUAAAAGGAAGCAAAGGCGGAGUCGCACUACGUUCACUGCGGAACAAUUAGAAGAAUUAGAACGUGCUUUUGAAAGGACUCACUACCCGGAUAUAUAUACGCGAGAGGAGCUAGCACAGAGGACUAAACUGACAGAGGCCCGAGUCCAAGUCUGGUUCAGUAAUAGAAGAGCAAGAUGGCGGAAACAAAUGGGAAGUAACCAGAUUUCCACUUUGAACAGCAUUCUACAUAUGCCACAAGGGGGUGCCUCACCAUACCUUCUUCACGAAGCUGCCCCAAGUUACACACUACCCUCCGUAUCAGACACGAUCUGGCAUCGGAAUUCCAUGACCCAUCACCUCCAAAACAUCACCUCCAUGAAAACCAAUGAUAGUGCUUACGCCGGACUAAUGGAGAAUUACCUAUCGCACGCCUCACAGAUGCACGGCUUACCAAAUCCAAACGAUUCACUGUCAAGUAACUGGUGUUCACCCGUGACGUCAUCGGUGUCUGCUCUCGCAUAUCCGUCAUCUUCCAACCAUUUCAAUCCCCAUGGGUUCAGUGACGUCACCAAAUCCACACUUCACCCAUACAGUGCUCAUAUUGCUUCCGUUUCAAGUUCUGAAAGGUGUUCCAUUGAUGAAAGUCUCGUGGCAUUACGAAUGAAGUCUCGUGAACACUCGGCAGCUCUGAGUUUGAUGCAGGUGACAGAUAAUAAAAUGUCAGCGUCUUUCUGAUGAACCAUGACAAUAUCAAGGGACAUAACUUCCGUCCAAAUGUGUAAUCGAUGAAAAUCACCACGCAGCAUCAAACAUUGCCAUCCUUUGUUAUCUCUAAAAAAAAAAAAUUAAAGAUAAUUUCCAAAACAAAAAAAAGUAAAUGCAUAGACAUUGUUUACUUAAUUCUUGAUCUUA